AUGUGCGGCGGCGCGAUCAUUUCCGACUUCAUCCCGCAGCGGGAAGCGCACCGCGCGGCCGGCGGCAGCAAGCGCGCCCUCUGCGCCUCCGACUUCUGGGCUCAGCCAUGCCCCGACCUCACCGCCGCCGCCGCCCCUUGCACCUUCACCCCCGACCAAGGUGCAGAGGAGCCGACCAAGAAGAGGGAGAGGAAGACGAUGUACCGUGGCAUCAGGCGGCGGCCGUGGGGGAAGUGGGCGGCGGAGAUCCGUGACCCGGCCAAGGGCGCGCGCGUCUGGCUCGGGACCUUCGCCACCGCCGAGGCCGCCGCGCGCGCCUACGACCGCGCCGCUCGCCGCAUCCGCGGGGCCAAGGCCAAGGUCAACUUUCCCAACGAGGACCCGCCCCUCGACCCGGCCGCCGACCACCACCACGACGGCGCCGCCGCCAUGCCAUGCAGGGAGUUCAUGGACUACGACGCCGUCAUGGCGGGCUUCUUCCACCAGCCCUACGUCGCCGACGGCGUGCCGGAGGAGGCGCCCACGGUAGCGUACGUGCACCAUCACCUGCCGCAGCAGCAACAGGAGGCCGCCCUGGAGCUCUGGAGCUUUGAUAAUGAUAACAUCCACUCGGCCGUGCCGCUGUGAUGAUCAGCAGAUCGAUGAUAGCUCAUAUAUUGUUUUUUUUCAUCACACCAAAAAAAAAAGAAUGUUCAAUUCAGUUUAUUGUUGUUAUAUGUUUCAAAAAUGUUUCAUUAGGUUCAAGCUGUAGGAGUGAUUUAUCAGAUUGAGCUCUCAAGUGACUGACUUUUGAGUUCUGUGUGUAAAGAUGAAUGCUCCAAUGAAUAAAAUGCAAUUUGUAU